AUGACUUCCAACAUGCUACCGAUCCGACCUGUGGUGGUGCAGGCGCAGCUGCAACCCGCCGACGCCAACAAAUCUCCCAACUGGUGGGCUCCGCUUUUCGGUUUCUCCUCCGAACCGGACUAUAUCAAACCAGCCGAGGCGGAUCGGAAGCCACCAAAAACCCGGUUCGCUCCCGGCUCUUUCACGGAGGAGAAAGCCAGGCAGCUGCGGAAGAUGACUUGCGAUGCGGCCUCGGUCCAUGAGACCAUGUAUCACUCCGCCAUCGCUUCCCGGCUAGCCUCCGACUUCUCCGAUCGCUCCGCUGCCUGA